UGAGUUCAGUUCGGUGUAUGGGGGCGGGGCUUGAUUGUUUAGGAUCUAUCUCUAUUCUAAUCUAGAUCUAUUAUUACAAUCAUUAUUAAAUCUACAUCUAAAGUGACAGAACAACAGUUAGAUUGUGCCCUUGAUUUGAUGAGACGUUUGCCACCUCAACAAAUAGAAAAAAAUUUAUGUGACUUGAUUGACCUGGUACCUCCACUAUGUGAAGACUUGUUGUCCUCUGUAGACCAGCCUUUGAAAAUUGUUCGUGAUAAAACAGUGGGCAAAGAUUAUUUAUUGUGUGAUUACAAUAGAGAUGGUGACUCUUACAGGUCUCCCUGGAGCAAUAGUUAUGACCCUCCCUUGGAUGAUGGGACCAUGCCUUCAGAAUCCUUGCGAAGACUUGAAAUAGAAGCCAACAGCGCCUUCGACCAAUACAGAGAAAUGUACUUUGAAGGGGGCGUGUCAUCAGUGUAUUUGUGGGAUUUAAACCAUGGAUUUGCUGGUGUUAUUUUAAUUAAAAAAGCUGGAGAUGGUUCAAAGAAAAUUAAAGGCUGCUGGGAUUCCAUUCAUGUCAUAGAAGUACAGGAGAAAUCAAGUGGAAAGAAUGCUCAUUACAAAUUGACUUCCACUGUAAUGCUCUGGCUUCAGACCAGUAAAGAGAGUUCCGGUACUAUGAACUUGGGUGGUAGUUUAACAAGACAGGUGGAGUCUGAUGCACCUGUGAAUGAAAAUUCUCCUCAUAUAGUCAAUAUUGGUAAAAUGGUUGAGGAAAUGGAAAACAAAAUACGUAGCACACUUAACAAUAUAUAUUUUGGCAAGACCAAAGACAUAGUGAACAGCCUGCGUUCCAUUGAGCCUCUUCAAGAUCCCAAACAGCAAGCUGCCUUCAAAAAGGACCUAUUCCAAGCUCUUUCACAGAGAACACAGGCACAGUGAUGUAGAAUUAACAUUGAAUUUUUCUUGAAGUUUAUUCAAUUUAGUGGAAAAUCAUUAUCAUUAUUUUAAUUCCUAUCAGAAGAAAAAAAGGUGAACAAAAUGAAUAAGAUGCAUUUAAAAAAAAAAAUCUAAUUGUAAAGAAUAACUAAGAAACCUUUUUUUUUUAACUGUGGGAUUUAGAGCUGACAUAUAAUUUAAAAAAAAAUUGUUUGAUAAUUUUCCUACAACUGUUAUAUAUCAGUUUAGUAAUCAUCAUGAAAUAUCCUUAUUGUUUAAUCUUUAUUUUUAAAAAAAUUCCAAAUUUUGUGUCAUCCUACCAUCAUGAAUGAAGUGGUUUGGGAGUGUUUGCUACAGUGAUAGCUGUCUUUGUCAUUUGUUAAGUCUAACAGCUUUUGUAAGACACAUGUAAGCCAUAGCUUAGCCCUUACAUUUGUAAGAGAAAAACAACUCUGUAUUGGUCAAGGAAAUAUUUUAAACUUGUAAAAUUUUAAAGAUAUGUAAAUACAAUUGAGUUCUAACACAUAAACUAAAGCAACAUUGUACAAUGCAUUCUGAGCUUGAUAAAACUAUUCACUUCUGUAUGUACAUUAUUUCUCAACUAGAAAGCACUGUUAGUCAUUACAGUAUAUUAUCUGUUAACAAAUGUGUUAUUUAAAACCCAUUGUGUUUUGUUUUGUUUGCAAUGAUUCUUUGUUACCUAAUGUUAUUGUGAUGAUACUACAACCCUGUUCAAACACAAACUACUGUGUGGAUUCUUGUGUGAGAGUAUUAACAAAAAAUGGCUUUAGUAAAAUUAAGGAUUUAUAUUCUGGUGAAAAAUAAAAGUUCUUGCUGUAAAUAUUUUUUUGUCUUCAUUAGCUUUAUAUAAGACAUCCCCCCAACACUAGCAUUGCCUUCUUUUGAAUAUUAAGAAUACCAUGAUUUAAGAAACAGUACUAUCCACAACUAUGUUUACUAGACCAAGGUAGUGGAUACAUGAUAGUUUAUAUUUGUGAAGUAUUGUAGAGUUCUCAUUUAUAUUUUAGUCUUGAGUUUGUUCAACUGUAAUUUCUCCUUCAUCUUUUAGAUUUUUCUUGCUGCUUUCUAGCAUUUGAGGUGCUUUUCAUACUCCCAGCCCUAUGUAGUGUGAGUUUGAUGAAUUCUUUUCUGGUGAUGAAAACUGUGCAUGAUUCUUGUUAAGAGUGCUGAAAAGAUGCUGCUGAUGAGUUCUCACUUUAAAAACAUGUUUUUUUCUAGUGAUAAUGGAAAAAGAAAUUGCUUUUUGAACAUUAUUUAUUUUACUCUAUUGUAGCAUACAAUUUAAGACUAGGCCUGACUUGGAUUUGAACCUAUCACAAUUCUUAAUUUUUUGUGUGUGUUGUUUGUGAUUGUAGAGGAGGUGACAGUCAAUAGUUUUUUUUGUUUUUUUAAAUUCACUUUAUAUGUGCAACUUUCCUUUAUUGAAACAUGAGCCACUUUUUAGCCCAAAUUUAUUAAAAGAAGUUUAUCAUGGGGAAUUAUUUGUGUGUGUUGUGUAUCUUCUAUGUAUGUGUAUGUUUGCUGGAUGAAGACAGAACAUAUGAUAUUGGUUUAUUUCUAACAUUCAAUUAUUCCUUGUCAACUCAUUAUGUCCAAACUUUAAAUGUUCAAGUUUUUAUUUCUCCAAUAUUGCCCCACUGACAUUUGAAAUAUGUUUUUUUUUUUUUUCAUUUCAAAUAUUUUGGCAUUGAUUGGGCUAGUUGCUUCACAGUUUUAAAACUAAGCUUGUCUAUAUCUGAAGAUAUUAUACAUGAAACUGUAUAGGAAAUAGUUUCAGUGAAAUAAAAUGUCAUGAAGCAUA